UCUGCGCCUCAGAGGCUCGUUCCGAACGCGCUUGGACUACGAGUCCCAGGGUACAGCGCGGCCACCCGGAAAGCGAAGUGGGAGCCGAACGUGGCGGCCGGCAUGGAGGGCGAGGGAGCCGUCGAGGAGACCGCGAAGACCUUCAAAGAACUGGGAGUAACCGAUGUGCUGUGUGAAUCCUGUGAUCAGUUGGGAUGGAAGACACCAACAAAGAUCCAAGUCGAGGCCAUUCCAGUUGCACUCCAAGGCCGUGACAUCAUUGGCUUAGCAGAGACUGGAUCUGGAAAAACGGGGGCUUUUGCAUUGCCCAUCCUUCAGGCACUGCUAGAGACACCUCAGCGCUUCUUUGCUUUGGUCCUUACCCCGACCCGGGAGUUAGCCUUUCAGAUCUCAGAGCAGUUUGAGGCCCUUGGAUCUUCCAUUGGUGUCCAGAGUGCUGUUAUUGUGGGAGGAAUCGACAUGAUGGCGCAGUCUCUGGCCCUAGCCAAGAAACCACAUGUAAUAAUUGCUACACCUGGACGCCUUAUUGACCACCUUGAGAACACAAAGGGCUUCAAUUUGAGAGCUCUGAAGUAUUUAGUUAUGGAUGAAGCUGACCGGAUCCUCAACAUGGACUUUGAGACAGAGGUAGACAAGAUCCUGAAAGUGAUUCCCAGAGACAGGAAAACAUUUCUCUUUUCUGCUACCAUGACUAAAAAGGUGCAAAAACUCCAGCGUGCAGCUCUUAAGGACCCUGUCAAAUGUGCCGUUUCAACUAAAUACCAGACGGUUGAAAAACUGCAGCAAUACUAUGUCUUCAUCCCUUCCAAGUUCAAGGACAGCUACCUGGUCUAUAUUCUGAAUGAACUUGCUGGGAACUCAUUCAUGAUAUUCUGCAGCACCUGCAACAACACUCAGAGGACAGCCCUCCUCCUUAGAAAUCUGGGCUUCACUGCCAUUCCCCUCCACGGUCAGAUGAGCCAGAAUAAGCGAUUAGGGUCGCUGAACAAGUUUAAGGCUAAAGCACGUUCCAUUCUACUGGCUACCGAUGUCGCUAGCAGAGGCCUGGACAUCCCCCAUGUGGAUGUUGUCGUGAACUUUGACAUUCCUACCCAUUCCAAGGAUUACAUUCAUCGUGUGGGGAGAACGGCUCGAGCUGGGCGCUCUGGAAAAUCCAUCACGUUUGUCACACAGUACGAUGUGGAGCUCUUCCAGCGCAUCGAGCACCUGAUAGGAAAGAAGCUGCCUGCCUUCCCCACGCAAGAGGAGGAGGUCAUGAUGCUGACCGAACGUGUGGCUGAAGCACAGCGAUUUGCUCGGAUGGAGUUGCGGCAGCAGGGGGAAAAGAAGAAGCGUUCCCGUGAAGAGGAAAAUGAAGAGGAUGACACCGAGGGAGCCAUGGGGGUCAGGAACAAAGUGGCUGGUGGGAAAAGGAAGAAAUGGAAAGCCUGAGAAAGGAGGACACCCAGAACUAUUCUUUCCAUGUUUUUAAGCUGCUUGGCUUUCCGAGAGUCACCAGUAUCGGACUUGACCUUUCAGCAUAUCCCAGAGAGCAAAAGGUUUCCUGAUCUACUAGCACCUUUUGUAAACUUCUGUAAUCCAGAAGCAAUUCUCCUGCAAGCCUGGGAAAUCUCUUUUAAUGCUGUGGGGAGACCUAUUACUACUGCUGCAGUUGUUCCUGUCUACUAG